GAGUUAUCUUAUCAGAAAUGGAAGAACAAUGACAACAUCAAGUCGCCAUCAAGAUCACCUCCGCGCCGAAGUGGAGACCGGGAGAACAUCCGUUCCCCACAAAUCUUCCCCAGCAUCGGGGCAGUUACCGAAGUGUCUUACACGCUGAACUCCCAAGGUAUAAAAGCCCGUCCCUAUCUUUCCGUAUCUCCCCUUUCAGUUCCAUACUCUUCAUACCCCAUAAGCCGUCAAAAUGUCUAAACUCGUCCCUCUCACCGUCAUCAAGGGCGCCGGCCACGAGUUCAUCCCUCUGCCCCAAGGCGAGAACGCCACCGUCGCUGACUUCCAUACCAUCCGCACAAAGACCGAUGCCCCCGCUCACAUCACAUCCGGUUUCUACAAGAUCGAGGCUGGUCCUGCCCGUCCUGCGCACUAUGAUUUUGAGGAGAGCAAGUAUGUCUUGAGUGGUCAGAUUGACGUGCUGGAUGAGGCUACUGGUAUCACGCAUCACCUUGUUCCCGGUGACUUUGCUUUCUUCCACGUUGGAUCCAAGGUCAAGUUCUCUACCCAAUCUCAGGGCUUUGCUUUCUACGCUGUCACUCGACCUGUUCGCGCUCCUCACCCUAACUUGAAGGGCCGUGAGGAGGACACUAAGUCCCGUCUGUAAGAUGUUCAAGAGGUUAAUGAAAAAAGAUUUUACGACAAACGUCUAGUUUAAUAAAUAGACGAUAAUAGAGUUUAUUUCGCGCCCUCAAUUACCACUUCGUUUGAUGCCACUGUUCAUGUUUGACGAUCAGUCUGACCAACGAUCAACCCGUGAAAGACUGCAAGGUCUGAUAUGGAUUGAUGCUUGAGCAUCUAAUCACAGCAGAGAGGGCGUUGACGCGCUACAAAUGUCGUCAUAACAUCUAUGACAAUAUGAGACGUGGCACGCACCGGGUUCAGCAGCGGAUAACAAACUUGUCGAUGAGGUCGCGGCAAACAGAUGUUCAGCUCACACCAACCCUCUCACAUUCAUAUCUCGAGGCUCAAAGGGAAUCAUUCACAAUACGUCAAGCAACGCCCAAAAGAAUAAAACCACGCUCGGCAACCCAAUCUCCUGACAUCGCACAAGAGAUCCAACAACAAGCAAACAUUUAAUUAAAAACCUUCGCCGAGACAACCUAUCAUCAAAAUG